AUGCCUCCGAAAUCGAGAUUCACAAGGCUCGAUGCCUUUACCAAGACGGUCGAUGAGGCAAGAAUCCGAACGACAAGCGGUGGUAUCGUCACUAUUGUGUCGCUGCUAGUUGUUCUGUUCCUGUCAUGGGGUGAAUGGGCAGAAUACCGACGCAUUGAAAUACACCCGGAGCUCAUUGUGGACAAGGGAAGAGGAGAGCGCAUGGAGAUUCACUUAAAUAUCACAUUCCCCAAGAUGCCCUGCGAGCUCUUGACUCUCGACGUUAUGGAUGUAUCUGGCGAACAGCAACACGGAGUCAUGCACGGAGUGAACAAGGUCCGCCUCCAGCCUGCUAAUCAAGGCGGUGCUGUUAUCGAUAUCAAGUCUCUUGCGCUACACGACGAGUCCGCUGACCAUCUCGAUCCCUCGUACUGUGGUGGCUGUUACGGCGCUCAGCCUCCUGCCAAUGCUCGCAAGGCUGGGUGCUGCCAGACUUGCGAUGAAGUCCGCGAAGCCUAUGCGCAGUCCUCGUGGGCAUUUGGCCGUGGCGAGGGUGUUGAGCAGUGCGAGAGAGAACACUAUGGCGAGAAGCUGGAUGCCCAGCGCGAGGAGGGAUGCCGUAUCGAGGGUGGCCUGCGUGUGAACAAGGUCAUUGGUAACUUCCACUUUGCUCCCGGCCGCAGCUUUAGCAGUGGUAACAUGCACGUCCACGAUUUGAAGAACUACUGGGAUGUCCCCAAGGGCAAGGCGCAUGACUUCACUCACUACAUCCACUCUCUCCGUUUCGGACCUCAACUGCCCGACAAUAUUGCCAAGAAGGUUGGCACCAAGAGCUCCCUUUGGACCAACCACCACCAGAACCCCCUCGACAACACGCGCCAGGAGAUCCACGACCCCAACUUCAACUUUAUGUACUUCGUUAAGAUCGUGCCUACCUCCUACCUCCCUCUCGGCUGGGACAGUAAGGGUAUCAAGAUUGCUGGUCUCUUGCAGGACGACAACGCUGGCCUUGGAGCCUACGGUUACUCUGAAGAUGGCAGCGUUGAGACUCACCAGUACUCUGUGACUAGUCAUAAGAGAAGUCUGGCGGGCGGUAACGAUGCCGCUGAGGGCCACGCAGAGCGUCAGCACACCAGUGGUGGUAUUCCUGGCGUCUUCUUCUCCUACGACAUCUCGCCCAUGAAGGUCGUUAACCGUGAGGAGAAGGCCAAGACCUUCAGUGGUUUCCUGGCCGGGCUUUGCGCCAUCGUUGGUGGAACCCUGACUGUUGCUGCUGCUGUGGAUCGAGGACUGUUUGAGGGUGCGGCUCGUAUCAAGAAGAUGCGAACCAAGGACCAGUGA